AGAUCUAUGCAAUUUCGGAUCGUCGGUGUGAUUUAUAGGUUUUAUCAAGCAGAAGUCACAGUUGGAAGGACGCGUCGAAUAACCAAUCCGAUCCAGCGAGAGAGAGAGAUAGCAUGUACUGCAAUAGCAGCUAUCCCUCUCUUUACCUAGUCAUGCGUCCGGCCAUAAGGUUGCUCCUCCAGUCUCCACUAGUAUAUGCUCGAAGCUCUCUCCGCCCAGUGUAUAUAAAACCACUUGAUAACAUUGAUGUUUUGAGGUUAGUUUUUAUCUUGCAAAUUUGUCUUUAAUUUUUGAAGAUUUCUUGAUAAUUCUUUAAAAUGGAAGUCGAUACCGCGAGUGAUAAUACAUCAUUAGAUGACAAAACCGAAGAUUACUGCGAAAAUCCCACUAGGGAUGCACUCACAGAAGGAAUUAUGAGUUUGUUAAAACCAACUGUAGAUCAACUUGAUGAAAGGAUUCGGGCUACUAGCCUUGUUCUACAGAAUUAGCCAAAUCGAGCUUCGACAGCAGAUAGACUCUCUGACUGAGGAGCUUCUCAAAAUCAAUGAAUCUCUACAAUGUCCACUGGAAUUAGAUGCAUAUGUGACAAAGCUAGUGAAUGCAAAAAGAAAAGUCAUAGUGGUUAGUAAUAUUCUACAAAAAACUCAGGAGAGAUUGAACAAAAUUCAUCAGGCAGUAGAAAAGGAAACAAAUAAACGUAAGGCUUUAUUGGACCGUAGUUCUAUGUAUCACAGUGCAACAAUAAAACCAGAGACAGAUGAAUUAUUUCCUGCAAUUUCAAGUACUUCAGGAACACCUCAGUGAACAAUGAUAAAGUGAAACUGCCAAACUGUAAAUGGUUUUAAGUUAGAAUUAUUAUUAAUUUAUAAUUAUUUUAUUGUUGUAAAAGAAAUAUCUGUAAAUAUGGAGACACCAAUUGUUAAUUUGACAGAUGCGGACUUAGAAAGUGUUUAUGAACCAUCUGAAGAUUCAUUUUUAGUUAUCGAUGCACUAGAAAUGGAUCUUCAACAGUUUGAGUCCAGCAAACCAGCGAUGUGCUUAGAGAUUGGUAUUGGAUCAGGUGUUGUUAUCACUGCUUUAGCAAUGGCAUUGCAAAAAUAUUGCUUUUCCUAUUUUCUUGGCAUUGAUAUUAAUCCUCAGGCUUGUAAAGUUACUCGAAAGACAUGCGCGAUAAACAAAGUCGAUAUUGAAACUGUUCAAAUGGAUCUGUUGAGUAGCAUGUGCAGGAAAAAUAUUUUCGAUAUUAUUAUAUUUAAUCCACCAUAUGUUGUGACAGAGCCAUUAGAGGUUCUCGACGAUAGGUUCAUAAGUAAAACAUGGGCAGGUGGUCACAAAGGUAGACAAGUAAUGGACAGAUUGUUUCCAUUAAUUCCUCAACUGCUAUCUGAAAAUGGUCUAUUUUAUCUACUUGUUAUCAAAGAAAAUGAACCUCAUGAUAUCAUACAGCUGUUUGAAUCUUUAAAUAUGACUGGUACGAUAGUGGCUGAGAGAAAAAUAAGAGGCGAGCAUUUGCAUGUUUUGCGAUUUAAAAGAAAAAGAGCUCUUGAAUAAAAAGCAAUAAAAUGAUAGCAGCAUGCAAGUUAGAUAGAGGGACCAAAGUGCGUUUAUCAUUCUCACAAACAAAAAACUUGCCUAACAGCGUAUAUAAGUUAAUGUACCGUACUAGAUAUUUCUAUUUAAAUAAAUCACGUAUGGCUUUAUAAAAUAUUCAUUUUAAAUGCUGUAUCAAUGUUGUAAACAAUUUCGUACGUCGAUCAGCAUUUUGUAAAUAAGUAUCUUUCUGAAUUUAUUUCGAAUUUGUAUAUUCAAAGACAUUUUUGCACGAAUCAUUGGAUUUAUUUAAAGAUAGUUGUUAUUGUGAUAGUUUCUUGAAAAAGUCAGCUUUCAAUUGACUUUUACACCGCUUUAAACGCUACUCGCAAAUUUUCAAUUAUUGAAAAUUACAUUGUAUCAGUAAAAGCUAGCAAGAAAUCAUAAAGCAAUUCGAAUUAUGAAAUAAAUCACGAAAAUUGUGUACUCAUGCAAUGUAGUACUGUUGUUGCUUGGUUUAAUAAUAAACGAUUGCCGAGCACAUA